AUGCCAGAACGGUUCUUUGGCGAGGUCCGGAGCAAAGUUAAUGUAACCUGUGGAACUAGGAGACAUGGCCGGGGGACGUAUUCAGAGUCGACUACGGGAGUCAGCGGGAGGUUAACAGAUUACCCAGUAAUACAGGAACUCUCGCCAUACUACAAAAUAGAACUGUCGCUGGGGCAUAGGACCAUAGGACCACGAUACCUUCAAUCGGGUCUCACCCCGUUAGAACAUGAGUACAAACUCCUCUGA